AUGCAGCUGCCGGCCUCUCGCAACCAUCCUCCUCCUCACCACCUUCCAGCUACCAUUCCCUCUCCGGCUCUCACUCGGCUCUCGAGUGAUAUGAAAAGUCGAGCUCCUCUCCCCGUCCCUUCCGGGGCCCAACCUCUUCAAAACGGCCAUUCCCGCAAUCCUUCGGGGCUCGACAUGACUGCUCGCAGUCCUCCCAACCAAAGCAACACCAAGCAUGUCCCUUGCAAGUUCUUCCGCCAGGGAGCUUGUCAGGCCGGACCUGCCUGCCCAUUCCUCCAUUCCACCGAUGCUGCUAUCGAUUAUGCGCCGUGUAAAUACUUUACCAAGGGAAAUUGCAAAUUCGGUGCUAAAUGUGCGCUGGCGCAUAUUCUUCCCGAUGGGCGACGAGUCAAUCGACCGACUGCAGGCAUGGGGAUGGGUGGAAGCCACCUCAAUCUAGGUGGCCGGGUCAACCCGCAGGCAUAUGUCAAUCAGGAUUCGGCUCUAACCAAUUCAGUACUCUCACAACAACGAAUGAAUGGCCAUGAUCCCCGCUAUGUUUCCCAGAUGCCACAGCAAGAGGAUUUUACCGCAUUACAUUCCCAGCAACCGCAGCAGCAGCAACCAGCAUACGAUGCUAUCCCCACGAUCGACACGGGCCUGGCUUCCGACACUGGUUCUAGGUAUGGGUCACCGGUAGACGACAUGCGAUUUCCCAUGUCUCCGAACCACCGUCACUUAACUGCCCUUGAUGCACCUCUUCCUGCGUCUUUCGAUAGCCAGGGAAUCUCCCACGCCGCUCGUUAUGGUCCUGUAGCCGCUUCCAUGCCCUCGAAAUUUGGAUUGGACUUUUCAUCACCUGUCCAGAGGAUCGGUGCCCCGUCAGAUGCCCUCCGGAAUAUCCGAGACCCUACCCAUGGACCAGAUGUCAGGAAGCCUUCGUCGUUCAUCGGAUCCUCUCCCCCUGGGGUUCUCGAAGACGGUAUGGGCCCACGGUUUCUACAUUCCCAGAGGUCCAUGAAGCCUCGCAUACUCUCCGCAAGUGUUCCUCGGCCAACAGCAUUAGACGACUGGGAUGACAGCAAUUUCCCGAUGGAAGAGGAUUAUUUACCCAUCAACCUACACGAUGAUGUUCUGACUCCGCAGGAGCGGCUACGCCGUUUGUCACGCACCGACCAUGAGUUUAGCUCAAGCCACCGCGAUCUUAGUGGACUUGGGAUGACGGGCACAAGUCUUUCAAAAGUUGGCUCGCCUCUUGCAUCAAGUCCAUCGCGAUUUGGCGCUUUGUUUGCCAAACAGCGGCAAAAAAAAGAAGAAGAUGCUCAUGGUACCUCGCUCCCACAGGUUGGUUCACCCCUUCGUGAAUCGUCGUUGAACCUGGGAACAAGAAGCCCUAGCUUGGGUCCCAUCGGAACCCGUCAGAUGCCUGGUGAGGUGUCGUCUUUUGCCUCCCCCACUCGACAAUCGUCGACAUCAAUGAUAUCACAGCAACUCAGUGGCAUGUCUCUUUACCCCGGGACCGCCCGCCAUUCAUCUGCAGGACCUAGCAGUCGCUUAGACCGCACUAUUUCAUCUCCUGUCAGCACUAGCAAAAUUGACGAAGAACAAAGCGAUUUGGUUUUCUCUAUGGAAGAGGAAGAGAACAACAACAAGCGCACCAGUGCAUCUUGGAGUAACAAGACGGAUUCAAACGACGAGGAUUCGGGAGCGACAAGUAACCCUGGCUUUCAAUCUUAA